AGAGACAGACAAUGCAGAUUUGUUUGACACCAAACUCGAGCGUCGAGUCGAUCGGCCCCGGCCCCCCGCCAAGCGCACCGGACAACCUUCCGUUCCUUUUAUAACGUCCUGCUCGCCUCUCUCAUUCCGUCCGUCACUCCUCCAACCCAACCCCCACACGUAUGUACGCGAACCCCAGCAGCACCUCGUCGUCGUCGCUAGCGGCACCAACACCCGAAACCGAAAGACAGCAGCAUCCAGCAGGGCAGGGCAGGGCAGGUCGGGGCCGUCGGGCGUGCGGCACUGCGGCCACCGCGCCAUGGGCAACGCUCUGGCGGGGAGGCGGCGCGCGGCCAAGGUGAUGACGGUGGACGGCGGGACGUUCCGGUACAAGACCCCGGCCGCGGCGGGGGCGGCGCUGCGCGGCCACCCGGGGCACCAGCUCCUGGAGUCGGAGGAGGUGCGGCGCCUGGGCGUGCGCGCGCGCCCGAUGGACCGCGACGCGCCGCUCAAGCCCGGGAAGCUCUACUUCCUGGUGCAGAUCCCGCGCGGCGGCGGCGACGACGACGACCCGCGCGCGCCGCGCAAGACGUGGUCGGGCGCGCUGCACGUCGGCGCCAGGGAGCGGCUGGAGAGCCUGAUGCUGUCCCGGCGCACGGUGUCGGACGUGGCGGCGUCCAUCGUGCCGUCGUCGGCCGCGCGGCUCGCCGCCAUGAGCAAGCCGCCGUCGUCCGUGGAGGUGGGCGUGGACGGCGCGGUGCGGCUGCGGAUGCGCCUGCCCAAGGCCGAGGUGGCGCGGCUGAUGAAGGAGAGCAAGGACCCCGCCGAGGCCGCCGAGCGGAUCAUGCAGCUCUGCGUCGCCAGGGACCAGGGCCAGGCCGGCGUCACCACCACCACCACGCCGCCGGCCUCCGCGCUGCUGUCCGGCAGGAACCCGACGCCGCCGCCGGGCUGCUUGAAGAAAGAGAAGCGGACGAGGUUCAUGGCGGUUCCAGACGAGAUCAUCGGAUGACGACAAUGCUGAAGCCUUUGAGAUCGACUACUCUUGUUUUGCCUUUUUCCAUCAGCAAGAUGCAUGGGUUGCUGGGGUCAUUUGGAACAUGAGAAGCCGCUCCGACACCUUUGGCUUCCUAUCUAAUCUCCCCAGCAAUUCUCAUCCAGUCCUAAGUCUUUUAGGCCGGUCACCAUCAUCGUACUUUAAUCUUCUUUGUUUUCAUAGGUAAACCUAGCAGUAUAGUACCGUAGUUGUAGUAAUUAGGAAAGGAAAGCAAAAAAAAAUGACGAAGGAAAAAAAAAGGUAGAAAUAUGUACUGUACUGGUGUGAGACAUGGCCAUCUGCAGCCACCUUGAUGAGAUCAGAGGAUCAGUGUGAACCAACCACUGAAUCAGAGUCAGAAUGUAUAUAUAUGUUUGUAUAUGUAAAAUUAGCCACGUAUGUUUCCCGGUUCA